GGCAAACGAUGCAUACAGUAGUGUAUCUACAUUUCAUGGUUUGUUCACAAUGUGUGGCCCACCCCUCCUAUCAGAUAUAAGAGAGACAGGUGCACUACGAAGUGGCUAUCUUCCGCAUUCCCAUUGUCUUGCGCCUUUCAGCUAUGGCUGACCCGUCGUCCCCAUCGCGCGAAUUUGCAGGCGCUGUUGAUGCCGAGCAAGUGUCGCAUCCUCCUACCUUCGAGACCUCACCACACGAGCACCAUGGCAUAACACAGUCGUCCUCUGAGCAACAACGUGUACCUCUCACAAACUCGGUAACUGAAAAGGCUGGGGAGACUUCCAAAUUUCUUGUUGAAGAUCGUGAUUAUAGCUCUUAUCCCCCACAAAUUCGCGAUGUUGCAUCCACAGGCCGUACGAAAACUGGCGGCCUUGGGAUUCACAGUCUCUGGAGCUCGUGGUGGCUGGAGGUAUCAGGGAGUGUCUUGAUCUUUCUUGUUUUCGUCGCGCUGGUCAUUACUCUUAGAGAGUAUCAGAAUCAGCCUCAGCCAAAUUGGCCAUAUGGCUUCUCCAUCAACACACUCGUGUCGGUGUAUACAACCCUGUUCAAGUUCCCACUCAUGCUUAUUGCAUCAGAAUGUCUGGGUCAGUCAAGAUGGAAAUGGUUCCAGCGACAGAAUCAACCUCUAAAAGAUAUUGCGCUUUACGAAGCUGCCCUACGAGGAGACCCGUUCGGCGUUAUUCAGCUACUAUGGGCGACACGUGGACGACAGCUCACGGCGAUAAUCGGAGCAUUUAUAUCUCUGGCCGCACUUGUGCUUGAUCCAUUCAAUCAAGCAGUCAUCACCAUCUACCCUUGCCAGAUCCCCGAUGCGUUUUCAAUGGGCGGUGUCCCGCCAGUAAACACUUUGCAGAUUCCUGAAACCCAGCCGUUGAUGAUGCAAUAUAACAUGCUGGCGACUAUCCUCGGUGUGGAAUCAUUCGAAGUCCAGCCUAGCUGCCAAUCCGGAAACUGCACCUUUGACCAGGAGUAUCAUUCGGUCGGCUUCUGCAGCAAUUGUACAGAUAUCAGCGACAGAUUGCAGCGAAAUUGCACCAUCCCGGCAAACACAAAGCCACUCUUCAAUGCCACGCUUCCUAGUUGUCGCUGGUUUCUGAAGCAGACGGACACCAGUGACGGCGACGGCGAAACUCCCAACUAUAUCGGCUACGACACUUCAAUACCGUCCCAGGGUGGUGAUCUUUGGAAAGUGGUGAAUCAUGAGGUUGCCUCGUACUCGGUGAAUUAUACCUUCGCUUGGAUUGCGGACCCGCCUCAGGCGCUUUCAUGCUCCGUCAAGCCUUGUGUCAGGUCCUAUAAAUCCGCUGUCAUCAAUGGAAGCUUUUCCGAAAGGCUAAUCGGAAAGUCCCAAGUAUGGCCGGAUCCACCUAUCGUUGCACCGUAUCAAUGGGAUGUCAUGUACUCUCGGAUGCUAAAUAGGGAUUGUCUGCCAGCAUCCGCCAAGCAAGCACUCAUUCGCCAGAAUAUUGAUAUCACCCCGGAAUGGAUUGCUUACAACUAUACCGUACUCAACGACACGCCCACUGGGCCACGAGUUCUGGAGGGCAUGGCUCCUGAUCCCACCAUUCCUGACCAAUGUUUGUAUCAAUACAGAUCGUACGAACUGGGUGUUCAGAGUCCCAUAUACAACAUCAUCACAUGGUUUCAAGCCCAAUUCAAACAGCCUCUAACGGCAUGGGUUUCCUAUGACGGGACAAACGUAACUGGCGGCAUCUCGUCCGAGAUUUGGAACGGCGGCAGCAAGCCGACACCAAUGUACUGGAUCAAUGGCCUGGAGACAAACCAGAGCACCGCCAUGAUAGAGUUAUAUGAAAACGGCAGCAUCACUGGCGAUGCUGUGGCCCAGAUGUUCGAAAAUGUCGCCACAACCAUGUCCAACUUCGCACGUAGCAGCUCCAGCACACUACUCGAUGGCAACGAGCUCGACCUGGAUCUCACGCCGGCUCGGGCACCCGAGUUGCUGCAGAAUUCAUGCAUCAACAUCAAUUGGCCCUGGUUGGCGCUGCCUGCGACGCUCAUGCUGCUGAGCAUACUGUUUUUGGGCCUGACAGUCGCAGAAUCGGCUUUGCCGGGUUCGACGGGCAUCUGGAAGUCCUCGCCGCUUGCCUGGCUCUGGCACGGUUUUGAGAUGCCGCAGCCUACGGACUCCACAUUGGACGACCUAAAGACGAUGGAAAAGAUGUCGAGUAACAUGAAUGUGCAGCUGCAGCGGACGGCGCUUGGCUGGAAGCUUGUGCAACGACCCUAGAACAGUGGAGGAAGGAGCGCCGAACACACCAGCUGUAACCAUUGACGUUAUAUGACACCUCGGCGUUGCGGGAUCCUCCGUGACGUGAGCUGUUCCUGGACCCAGAACAUUGGAUUGGUCUUGGUGGCAGCACAAUUGGAGGGCGCUUGUGAUCAAAGAGUCUCAUCCCAAUAAUAACCACCUUGUAAGAAGGCCUUUUCGGGCAUCAUGAGAGAAAGGUACGCGCAGUGAAGGCCACUAAAGUUCAGGCAGGUGUACUUGUUCUAAAGUCGCUCUCAAUUUCUCAGUACUUCGGCUGCUAUUUGUCACG